AUGGCGCGGUCUUCUGAAUUGGUGGGCUUUGACCCGCCGUGGGACAAGGAGCUAGUGGCUGGGACAGACAGCCAAGCCUUGGUUUCUGCCACUCCCCGAGAGGACUUUCGGGUGCGGUGCACCUCGAAACGGGCUGUGACCGAAAUCCUACAACUGUGCGGCCGCUUCGUGCAAAAGCUCGGGGACUCUCUGCCGGAGGAGAUCCGGGAGCCCGUGCUGCGAGAUGCGCAGUGGACUUUUGAAUCAGCUGUGCACGAGAAUGUCAGCAUUAAUGGGCAAGCAUGGCAGGAAGCUUCAGAUAAUUGUUUUCUGGAUUCUGACAUCAAAGUACUGGAAGAUCAGUUUGAUGAAAUCAUAGUAGACAUAGCCACAAAACGUAAGCAGUAUCCCAGAAAGAUCCUGGAAUGUGUCAUCAAAACCAUAAAAGCAAAACAAGAACUUCUGAAGCAGUACCACCCUGUUGUACAUCCACUGGACCUAAAAUAUGACCCUGAUCCAGCCUCUCAUAUGGAAGAUUUGAAAUGCAGAGGGGAAACAGUAGCAAAGGAGAUCAGUGAAGCCAUGAAGUCCUUGCCUGCAUUAAUUGAACAAGGAGAGGGACUUUCACAAGUUCUCAGGAUGCAGCCUGUUAUCCACCUCCAGAGGAUUCACCAGGAAGUCUUUUCCAGUUGUUAUAGGAAACCAGAUGCUAAACCUGAGAACUUUAUAACGCAGAUGGAAACUACACCAACAGAGACUGCUUCCAGGAAAACCUCUGACUUGGUACUGAAAAGAAAGCAAAAUAAAGACUGCCCCCAGAGAAAAUGGUAUCCAUUGCGGCCAAAGAAAAUUAAUCUUGAUACAUGAGCUCUUUCUGUUUAUUUUGAGAGUUGAAAAUAGGCACCAUCAUUUAGAUUACAGCCUAAUUGAUACCUAGAUAAAACUUCAUUUGAAACAAGAAAUAACUCUUUUACUAGUGAUUCAUUUAUACAAAUAUAGUGUCUCUAUACGGGGAUAUGAUAUAAUACUGUAUUUCCUUGCCAUUUUAUUGUAAUGAAAACAUUAAAAAAAAUACUGACACAAAGCCCAUCAGUGGGCAUUAAAAGUAUUAAAAGGGCAGACUUUUACUGUCCUUAAGUGCCAUCAACUCUCAGCUCCUUUGUAGCUUUUGUGGGAUUUAACAAGUAACAAAUUAUGUUAUCUGUACGUCUUUCUAGAAAAAAAAAGCUGUAUAAUGAUUUUUCGUUUUCUUGCUGAAAAGUAAUGAUUAGUUCUGCACAGCAGCAGAUGCAGGAGUUUUUUUUAAAGAUGUAGUUUGAAAUGUGCAAAUGAUAAUACUGGCUUUGACUUUGUUUCUCUAUGUUCAGCUAAUUUAGGUCUGCGAGAUUAAUUUGGGGAUUUUUUGUUGUGUAGGACAAUGAUGACUAUUUGUGCAACUUACUCUUUGAAAUAAAAAUGGGCAUGUAGCCAGCGUUUCCUGCCCACAGUUAUUUUUUUCUGUAGACCUUUAACAUAAUUUAACUUGGAACUAAUGGUUUCUUUUUAAGAUUUCUUAUUUAUUUCCUUAUAAAUCAUUCCAGUUCAAAAUAUAUUUCAGAUUAAUACAUUGGCAAAGUGUCAUUGUGGAACAAAUGUAAUCAUACUGAACUAUUUUACUUUUGAAGAUGUUUAUAUCUCAGAUAUAUAAUCACUGGGAGAAGUCUGAGAAAGCUAUAUUGCCUUCUAACACUUAACUAUAGUUUCUCAUAACUCUUACCGAGUGUCUUACAUUAUACAGUGUGGGCAGGACCAUCGAACUUACCAACUGUUUCCCCUUUUGAUGACUGAUACCUUCAUUCAUUUUCAGAGGAAUUUACUGAUCAUGAGAUUGGAAAAUCUGUUUUCUCUUGCUUAUUAUGUAUUAAUAAUUAUAGAUGUCUAGAUUCACCAGAAGUCACCAGAAGAUCUGUCUCAGUUAAGAAAACUUAUAAAAAGCCACUUUGCUGCAUUUUGUGUUUUCAUGUUACAAUUUGAGAUCUGUAUAUUUGAACACAGCAAUGUGUGUUUAUUAAAAUAAUGUAUGACGUGA